CCUGAAUUUGAUUUUCUGGAUAUCACUUGCUGUGAUUUCCGAUUUCGAGAUGGGAUUUUAGGAUAAAAAUUUAACUGUAGUUGAGGAUGAGAAACACGAGGCCAGUUCACGUGAGGAACAAGAGUACGGAACCAGGAGCACCAUCAUCGCCGAUGAUGACGUCUCCUUUGAUGCAUCGGCAUACACGGUCAGGAUCAAACGCAGGGCCAUCAUCGAAUAAUGCCAAGAAAGCUCAGACCAAAGCAGCCGCUCAGAGACUUGCGGCUGUCAUGUCAAACCAAACAGGUGACGACGAAGACAGUGACGAAGACCUUUCCUUUGACUACAACGCUUCAGGCACUGGGAGCAUUGGUCUCGCUGCCGGAAGAUCUCAUCCUUCUCGCUCUCCAGCUCCAGUGAUUAAGAACCCUAUAGUAAGGCGUCCACAGAUGACAACUCCACAGUUAGCUGAUGAGGACAAUGAAGACGAUGAUUUUUCUGUUGAUAUAUCGAGCAGCAGACCAAGUAUUGGACUUCCUGGUGGAAGACCAAUAAGACCUCAGUCUCCUGUGAUGACCAAAAUAGCACCUCCGAGACGUACUCAGCCAGCUAAUGAAGAAAAUAAGAAUGAGGAUGAUGAUGAUGAUGAUGUUGUUUCAGUGGAUUAUAUAAUUGGCAGACCAAGUAUUGGGCUUGGAAGUGGGAGGAUGCGGCCACAGUCUUCUAUGACCAAAAGCCAACCACAAGGGCGUCCGGUGAUGGCAAUUAAUCAGCAAGCUGAUGAGGAAAACGAAGAUGAUGAGACUCCAUAUGUUUAUACAAGUGGCAUUCCAAGUGUCGGACUUGCUGGUGGAAGGUCUACACGGUCACGUUCUCCCCUGAAGAAAAACCCUCCAUUGAGGCAUCCACAGGCAAUAGCUCAGCCACCAGGCAAUGGAGACAGUGAUGCUGAUUAUGAUGAGUCGUAUACGAGUGGCAUGCCGAGCAUAGGACUUGCAGGUGGACGGUCAAUGAGACCUCGCACUCCUUUGUCGAUUCGUACUAAGGAACAACCUCAGACCGGAAUUGCAACUUCAGGUAGCAGGUCCUCAUUAUGUGAGGAUUCCACAGAAUCUUCAGGUCUUUCAACAUUGACGGGUCAGCAAUCUCAGAUGGAGCAAUCUCCAUCCGCUCGUUUUAGCAAAUCAUCUCAGUCUCUAAGUGCUAUGGAUCAACCUCCAUCAGCACGUUCAUCUUUCAGUGGUCGUCCAAUAAGAACUGUGCCUUUAAUGCCAUCUUCCGUGCCUAUAUCUCUCAAACCAGUGACUCCUGCUUUUCAAUCCGACACGCCAACCAAUCUUCGAAAAGAUAAAAGGUUUUCCUUAGAUAUGGGAAGCUCGGGCAACUUAAGAGAGUUAGGCAGUCAACGUUCUACUUCAGCUCUGCAAGAUGAGGUUGAUAUGCUACAAGAAGAAAAUGAAAGCUUGCUAGAAAAGCUUCGACUUGCAGAAGAUAAGUGUGAAGAAGCAGAUGCAAGAGCUAAGCAGCUUGAGAAACAGGUUGAAAUCCUUGGAGAAGGUGUUACUAUGGACGCACGUCUUUUAAGCAGGAAAGAGGCGGCUCUGCAACAGAGAGAGGCUGCUUUGAGAGUCGCAUCACAAAAUCAUGGAGGAAGGAGGGAGGAUGUUUCAGCUCUUCAUACAGAAGCUGAGAUUGCUAGAGAGGAAGCAGCAUCUUGUUUAGAGCAGCUUCAUGAGGUUGAAUCAGAGCUUAGCUCUCUUAAGACCAUGACCAAGAGACUGAUAUUAACUCAGGAGGAGAUGGAAGAGGUUGUUUUGAAGAGGUGCUGGCUUUCACGUUAUUGGGGAUUAUGCGUUAGAUAUGGAAUUCAAGCAGAGAUUGCAGGAGCAAAGUACGAAUACUGGUCAUCAUUUGCACCUCUUCCUGUAGAGAUUGUUCUGUCUGCAGGCCAAAGAGCUAGGGACGCGGUUUCACGAUCUAACAACACUAAUGAAAGAGAAAAAUCAUUGCAAAAUAUGCAAGAAAAUUCUGGGGAAGGAAAUGUAGAAAGCAUGAUAUGGGUCGAGAAAGGUUUGCGGGAACUGGCUUCACUAAAGGUUCAGGAGGCAGUUGCAUACGUCAUGGCUCAAAAUAGACGGAACUCAUCAUCGAAAUUUUUUGUUUCAGACGAAGUGAAACUGCCAAUGGAUGGACAAUUUGAAGCCUUUGAGUUAAGCGACGAGGAAGUUGAAGAUGUAAGUUUUAAACAGGCAUGGCUUUCAUACUUUUGGAGAAGAGCAAAGAACCAUGACAUCGAAUCUGAUCUCGCGGAUGAGCGUCUCCAGUAUUGGAUAAACCAAGCCACUCGAUCAGCCACCUCACAAGACGCUGUUGAUGUUGAAAGAGGAUUAUUGGAGCUGAGGAAGCUGAACAUAGAGUCACAGCUUUGGCAAAAAUCAAGAAAAGGGCUUGACCAUGACUCCAACCCUUCUUCUCAUCUUGAACUUUCCUUCUGA